AUGAGCGUCCCAAAAACAGUAGCAAACCCCUUGAGGGUCAAAUUGGCUUCGGCCCAAACCCCCCCUGUCCUUGUUUCAGACAAGAAGAAACCGCUGUUCACACCGAAGACCCCAUUGAUUAGUCUGGAUGAACCGGUGAAACCGAAAACCAAUAAACGACAGCGCAGGGAUGUCGUUGACAUGCUGGCAGAGGAGGCCAGCGAACUCACAAGCAGGAUUCCAGACCUCACGGUCAAAGACGCUCUGUCUCGAGUCAUCGAGAUCCUAAUCCACAACGCUAAAGUUCAGGAAGAGAACUCUAGAGUUCUGAUGAAAAACAACAGAGCCUUAAAGACACUGCUUGAAAGAACUGCACCACAACAACCAGAGCAACUACAACAACCAGACGACGACACCGGUAAACUCCAAGGCGGCACCAACAAAGCUCUCCUACAGCCAGGUUGCCGCCAGAAAACCAGUGGGACGCAAGGCGGACACCAUCGAGAUUGCGCAACUUCCUCCCCAGGAAGAAGUGCAAGAAGUACAACCGGUGACCCUUGCGUCAAAAGUUCUCACAAAGAAGCUGACGGUGAACCCUCAGCCACCACAGCACCACAAGAUUGCUGUCCUGCGAUUCAGUCGCAUGGCAGCAAGAACCAAGGUGAAUGCAACAGAAUGGAGGACGAUUCUCAAGGAGAAACAGAUCGUCCCGAUCACAAUCCUCUUCCCGUACCACAAUACGGUGGAGAUUGUGGUUCCCCUCGAACAGGAACAACAAACGAGGGCUUUCUUUGCAACGGUGGACAGAACACCGGAGGAUCCCAACCCGUACGCGAGACGGGAUGGGAAGAAGGAGAAGCUCACCGACGAGUCCCUGCUGAAGCAGAUCAAGACUCGGUACAUCCAAGCGACGAUCGAGGCUGGAAUCCAGCUUCUAUCAAAAGGGAAACCGGAGAUAGAAGCCGAACUCCAGAAGGUCAUCAAGGAGAGGAAGAUGAGCACCGUAAAACGUGCAUCACCCUCAAACCAAGACGACCAGCCAAUGUCACAGUUGCUACAAUAAACGUUCGUCGCUUCAACGACGCAAAGUCCGCGAAAGUGCGAAAGCUUAUCGAAAAGCAUUCUGUCGACUUGGCUAUCCUCACGGAGACGAGUCAGACGGUCCAUAGACCACUAGUAGGAAAAGGAAAACCAUUCAUGGUUGUUGGACAAGGAGAUGCAAGUUCUGGAGUAGCUGUGGUGUUUGAAUCCGAUAAGGUUGACGGCCCACAACUACAAAAGACUCGCAUUCUCCAAAUCCUUCUUCCAAAUGGUGUGAACGUUGUUGGUGGCUAUGGACCGACUGAGCAAGCACCUGGAUACGAGAAGAUCAAGUUUUGGAGCGAGAUCAAGGCCAUCGUUGAAGCAUCAACGCAGCAACACGCUGCUACGAUCUUCAUCGGUGACUUGAACGCGGGACACGAGAAGCAGAUCGGCGGGAAGCGAGAAGACGGCCCGUCCAACUACGAGAGGUUGCAAGAGGCAAUACAGCUCAGCAACCUCAAGAUCGUCCGUCUCCUCCAACAUGGAAAUCAGCAAGAUCAACUCGGCCGACGAGAACACUGGACCGAUGCCUGGUGCCAGUCGAGAGGGGAUUUCACAGCUGAGAGCUUUUUGGAUUGGGAAGACAACCUAUCUGACCAUGCGGUCCUUAUCACAAAGGUGAUACUUUGCGAUAUCGACAGAAACAAGGGUCGCCCAUACCAUAAGCCUCAGCUCCCCAGAAGCUCGAUGGAAUAUCUGUGGGAUGCUGCAAAGCAAAGACUCAAACAACUACCACAACAACAACAGAAUGGCAAUGACGAGAACCCACUACGCCGGUUCUGGAAAGCGCUGCACGACGACGAGAUGAGCACACGCCAACCGCUGACAAUCACUGACGACCAAGACAACCCACUUGGCCCGGAGGAAGCAGUAGAAAGCUGUGCAAGUUAUCUCAGGACUGUCUGGAGUGAGGCGGACCCUUACAACGGUUCACUACACCGCCAACAGUAUCCGGUCUCAACCCCCAACACUUGA